GGGCUCGGUCUGGGCACGGGCCAUCCACCCCGAGGGGCUGCAGCAGCUCGGGAGCGCUGUGGGCACGCCAGCGAGGGGCUGGGGGUUGAUAUGACCGCCCCGAAGGUCUGUGUGUGAGGCAGCAGGAUGCCCCUCCACCCGGGGGGUGCCCUCAGUUGGCCGUGUGUGAGAUCUCAUUGUGCAGCCAUGAUGCCCGUGGCCACCGUGAUGCUCGAUGACACGCCCAUGUUUGACCCCAGGAUCCUGCAGGAACUCGACUGGAGUGAGAACACCACCACCUUUUCUCCUGCCAUUUCUCCCCUGGACCCAGGGGAUGGGCUGGUCCUCAGACCACUCUGCACAGCUGAUUUAAAUCGAGGGUUUUUUAAGGUUCUGGGUCAGCUGACGGAAACUGGAGUGGUGAGCCCGGAGCAGUUCAUCAAAACCUUUGAGCACAUGAAGAGAUCUGGAGAUUACUACGUGACCGUGGUGGAGGACACAAACCUGGGGCAGAUCGUUGCCACGGCAACGCUGGUGAUAGAGCACAAAUUCACUCACUCCUGUGCCAAGAGAGGCAGGAUAGAAGAUGUGGUGGUCAGUGGGGAGUGCAGAGGGAAGCAGCUUGGAAAACUAUUAAUAUCCACCCUCACCUUGCUCAGUAAGAGACUGAACUGUUACAAAAUCACACUCGAGUGUCUGCCCAAAAAUGUGGAUUUCUACAAGAAGUUUGGCUAUUUGGUAUCUGAUGAGAACUACAUGUUUCAACGGUUCUUUAAUUAACUUCUAGGUGUUCUGGGUUCUUUUUUUUUUUUCUUGGAAAGACUGUUGGUGGAGGAGCUUGUGCUGCAAACAUUCUCUCCGUGGAAAAUUUCUAUAGUUUAUUGCUGCAGAUGUAACAAUCCCUAUAAAUAAUGAACAUCAAAUGUGUAAAUCUUGGGGGAAGAAAAUUACUGAGGUUUUAGAAAGGGCCCUCUGGGUUAGAAAAUGAGUUUAGAACUAAUUUUUACUACUGUGGAGUCAAGGUGAAGCUUUUCUGUUCUAGCUGAGUUACAAAGGACUCGUUAAAGGGAUGGUUUUUAACCAAAGGUCUAUAUUUUUAUCUCAAAUUUUUUCUUGCAUUGUAUUUUUCUAAAGGUUUGUGCUUCUUUUCUCAGCAGCCAAAGGACAGCCCCAGGGCCUGUCCUGCUGGCUGUGCUGAUGGAAGGAUGAUGUAGCUGGGGAAGGGAUGAGGCUCCUCUUAUGCAGAAUUAGUGACACACAACAGGCCUUAGCUCUGGAUUUUUCCAUGACACCUCAUGGAAGUGCUGGUGGUGCAGCAGAAAUUUUAUAGGCACUGUUUUCCAAGACUGGAUUUGUUACUGUUGGUGCAGGUUGGGGAGAAUCCUUACAGGCUGUGCUGAAUUCCCAGCCUAAAAAUGGAUGUGUGCUUCUCACUGCAGGGCUCCUGCACUUUAGCUGAUAACUUGGUUUUCAGGAUAAUUACUUUUUAUUUUUUUGUGACAUGAAAAAACCCCAAAUGUGGUUUGCAACAGGGCAGAGGGAAACUGGAAUGAAUAUAUCCCACAUGGAGUGGGGUUCUGGUAAUCAAUGGGAAGGGGAAAAUUCAGCUUCACCUGAGGGAGCUGGGGGUGCUCAGCCCAGAAAAGCCUUAGAGCCACUUCUGGUACCUAAAAAUGAGGGAGAAGGGUUUUUGUAGGGGCAGGACACAGGGAAUGGCUUCACUGCCAGAGGGCAGGGCUGGAUGGGAUAUUGGGAAGGAAUU